CGGGGCUGAGGGCGGCGGGUGCGGCCUGUCCCGCCCGGCGGCUCCGGGGCCAUGCUGCGGUGGGGGCUCCGCGUCGUGAGCUGCGGCUUCUCCGCCCCGGGGAACGCGGCUUGCGCCGGGCCGUGGCGGCGGCAGCGCAGCGUUCUUACAAUGGCUGAGGAUUUGAUAACAGCUGUUGCCAGCCAGACAAAGAGACUCAGCAGCAGCAACGAGGUGGUUCAAAGGGUGGAAGAAAACGGGCAUCCGAGCAAAAAGUUGAAGAGUGAUGCGGAUGAGGAAGAUGCAGAGGAUCAGAAUAAGAAGUUACCCAAAAGGAAGAUUGUGCUGUUGAUGGCAUAUUCAGGGAAAGGCUACCAUGGCAUGCAAAGAAACGUGGGAUCUUCACAGUUCAAGACAAUAGAAGAUGACCUGGUCUGUGCCCUUGUCCAGUCAGGAUGCAUCCCAGAGAACCACGGGGAGGACAUGAAGAAGAUGUCCUUCCAGCGCUGUGCUCGCACAGAUAAGGGUGUGUCUGCAGCUGGACAGAUUGUGUCACUGAAGGUCAGGCUAAUAGAUGACAUCUUAGAAAAGAUCAAUAAUCAUCUUCCUUCUCAUAUCAGAAUUCUGGGCCUGAAGAGAGUCACUGGGGGAUUCAACUCCAAGAACAAAUGUGAUGCCAGAACCUACUCUUACAUGCUGCCCACGUUUGCCUUUGCCCAUAAGGACCAGGAGGUGCAGGAGGAGCUUUAUAGGCUGGACAGAGAGACCCUGGAAAGGGUCAAUCAGUUGCUGGGCUGCUACAAAGGGACACACAACUUCCACAACUUCACGUCACAGAAGGGCCCCAGGGACCCCAGUGCCAAGAGGUACAUCAUGGAGAUGUACUGUGGAGAGCCCUUUGUCAGGGAGAACAUGGAAUUUGCAGUGAUCCAAGUGAAGGGUCAGAGUUUCAUGAUGCACCAGAUCAGGAAGAUGAUUGGGCUGGUGAUAGCAAUUGUGAAGGGUUAUGCUGCUGAGUCCAUCAUGGAGAGAAGCUGGGGAGAGGAGAAGGUUGAUGUCCCCAAAGCCCCAGGACUUGGGCUGGUUUUGGAGAAAGUACACUUUGAAAAAUACAACAGGCGUUUUGGGAAUGAUGGGCUGCAUGAGCCGCUGGAGUGGACAGAGGAGGAGGAGAAGAUUGCUGUUUUCAAGGAGCAGCACAUCUACCCUACCAUUAUCAACACAGAAAGGGAGGAGAAAUCCAUGGCAAACUGGCUAAAAACCCUCCCCAUUCAUGACUUCAACUCCUCUGCUGUUGAGGUGCAAACUAACAACAAAAAUCCAAAGAAGAGCAGCGAUGCCGAAGGCAGCGAUGGUUGUGGUGAUGAUUCUGACUGAGCCAGCUGCACCUGGGACCCUUGCUGCCUGCAGUUCCCUUUGUCUACAAAAAAGUGGCCUUUCCAAAUCCAAGAAUCCACUGAAACAGGAGCUGGUGUGCUUCAGAAUGAGAGCUGGAUGCCCAGGAGAAACUGGGUGGGGAAGACAGUGCAGCAGAAAAACCAGAAGCUUUUUAUACCACUGACUGAUUCACCUGACUGAUAUACUUGAAAAUAGUGUAGUGGGAAAUCAGCUUUCUGAAAAUAAUCUUGAAAUGCAGGAUAUCUUAAUUGCUAUUUGAAUAAUGUUUUUAUUAUGUUUACCUGGAAAAUAGUAUUUUAAAUAUGUAUAAUCUCUACAUAAAGAUGGGGCAAAUCAUUUUAAUAUACUCUUUUUUACUAUGAA